AAUGUUAUCUGCUUUACUACGUAUUUUAAAAACUGAACAUGAUGAAUUUCCACUAACGGCUGUAACAUUUCUACAAACUAACAAAUCAAAAAAUAUUGUCAGGCCUAUGUUAAGUAAUAAUGGAUCUUUUGAUUCUUAUAUUAAUUUUGGUUUAGAAUUAGUUCUUAAAUCGAUGAUAGAUUCUAAAAUAUAUACGGAAGAUGUAAUCGAAAUUUUAGUUAAUAUUGAUGGUGUACAAAUUUAUAAAAAUUCGAAGCAACAAUUU